UGGGUUGUGCUCAUGGCUAAUAAGCGCUUUAGAAGUUUAAAAGCGCAGAGGCAAGUGUCACACGAGUCUGCCUUAUAUGGGUGAGGUCCAGCGGGGCGACGAUCCACUAAUACAAUGUGAAAAGGAGACCUCUGCAGUCUCCAUCCCAUCAUUUGUACAGAAGAACUGCAGGAGGCUGGAGACCUGGAGACAGCCUUAGAAUGAGACGCAGGAAGAUCGCUGUUGCAGCUGCCUUCUGCCUGUCCUUCUUCCUCGGCACUUUGCUUAAUUUACUGUGUGUUCCAGGCUUUGAUCAUCACCAGCAGUUCCAGACUGGGGUGACCCCCGUGCCCCUGGGGGCAUCCUGGCAGGGGAAAGGGGGCUCCUUGGACUUGCUCAAACAGCUUCGGGAGAGGUACAAGGAGGUGAUCCGCUAUAGAGAGCAUCAAGCCCCGGUGUCAGCCACAGGGAGGCUACUGAGACCGCUGGAGAGGAGGCUCAUGGACCUAGCCCAGAGGUCCUCUGACCACCGGCAGAAAGCCAAGGGGUCCACCUCCGAGCAGGACUCGGUGCCGGUGCCGCAUCUCAGCUCGAAGAUAGACGUGUCUCUACGGCCACCUUUGUUGGGAUGCCGAGAUAUCAGCAAUGGAACCAACGUGCGCUAUCUGGGCUCCGGGUACACGAAAGCCGUGUAUAAAUCCGUCCUGAAUGACACGCUGUCGGUGGCUCUAAAAUCGGUGGAUUUCGGGGGACAUGAUAUCCAGAACUGCGUGAAGCAAUACGUGACUCUGGAAGAGUGCUACCGGCUGGCCUCCUUCAAGAUCGUUAAAGAAAUGAUCCUCCUGCAAAGACUCCAGCACCCCAACAUCUUACAGCUGUAUGGCUACUGCUAUCAAGACAAUAAUGACAUCAAAGAUACGCUGACGACCAUCACUGAACUAGGCUCGCCGCUGGAGAUGAUUCAGCUCUUGCAGUCCUCUUGGGAGGACAGAUUUCGAAUAUGUCUCAGUUUAGUCCGACUUCUGCAUUACUUGGCCCGUUCUCCCCUUGGCUCCGUAACGCUACUGGAUUUCCGACCGCGGCAGUUUGUUAUUGUGGACGGGGAAUUGAAAGUUACCGAUUUAGACGAUGCAAGCAUUGAAGAAACUUCGUGUUCCAGCAACUCUGACUGUUUCAUGGAGUUCCCAGCAAGAAAUUUUACGCUCCCGUGUUCUGUAGAUGGAAAGUGUCAGAAGAUGAACGAGAAGAGGAAUCUUUAUAAUGCAUACAGAUUUUUUUUCACUUAUCUCCUGCCACAUAGCGCACCUUCGUCUCUUAGACCACUACUGGACUCAAUAGUCAAUGCAACAGGUGAACUGCGUUGGGGAAUAGACGAAACAUUAUCUCAGUUUGAAAAAGUACUUUACAUGUACAGGAAUGGACUGUAUCUCUCAAAUAUUACAUAUACGCCAAAGGCUGAAUACAAAGAAGUAGCAGAAGCUGCUAUCAAUGAAGAAGAUUAUAAGUGCUGGCCGUCCUAUCAUCACAGUGGAUGCCUCCUGUCUGUGUUUAAUAUGAACGAAGCUAUAGAGAUUUGUGAUAGUCAUUCGCAGUGUCAAGCCUUCGUUUGGACUAAUCAGACAACGUGGACAGGUCGACAGCUUGUUUUCUUCAAAGCCGGAUCAAGAAACGUUGUGUUUGAUCACAACAAGAUAACGUACGUGAAGGUGACUGGAUGACAGAGACAUUAAUUUGCAAGAUCCAUUUGCGUUGUUGAAUUAUUUUAUUUGGGAUGGAAGAUGCACUAAUACUCGUUCUAAUUUAAAAUUUGUGCUUUAAGAGAAUCGGCCAGGAUGGACGUGCAAUAAAUCAGCAAGAAUGUGAUAAUUAAAAAAAAAAAAAAGGCAAAAAAAGUAAAAGUGACACACUGUUGGAGAAGAAUAUAUGGUAAUUGAAACAUAUAUUGAGUUCCCUCAGCAUUGAGGAUGAUAUUAACAA